AUGUUCCAUAUCCGCCCAAAACGACUCAUUAUGUGGACAACCAUGCUGGUUACGGUGUUGCCUCUCCAUUUGGUAUUUAAUUCGGCCAUAUCAUCAACCACUUCCACGCGGACAUAUCACGUGCUGGCUAUCUCUCCAGAGUAUCUGACGCGCCCAUUCACCGUCCUUCGAGACUCGGUCAUCCCUACAGUUGCUGGCCAGCAGGCGGACGCCAACGGUCUGCUCUUUGACCUCCAGGAUACACGAGAAUGGAGAAGAGUCAAUGUCAAGUCUGUUUUGAUAGAUCUUGAAGCGAAGGGGUCAUAUUACGGUGGUGUUGUCUUGGUAGCCGAGCAAAAGGCUAUAUGGGCCACCAGAAAUAACAUGUCGGAGCCUGUGUCUGGGAUCCCAUAUCACAUCAUUGAGAAAGCGACACUGGGGUCUGAUUUGCACCCAGACUGGAUAAGGGCUAUCACCGUCAUGGUCACGACCAAUAGGACUGUAGAGGACUCUUCCGAGUACCCUCAUCAGGUAACACCUGACCGGAUUGACCCUCUGGGGUAUGAUAACUGGGAUGAGGUUGAGGAUCAGGACCCCUUCUGGGGCCAUUUAUGCCCGAAAGGGGUCUGCCCCUUCGAUAACCCGCAAGGAGGAUACGAAUUGGAUCCAUCAACACCGGGAUUUGACACCGUGUUCAGGAUUCAAGGCAACAUUUUUGUCAGACAGGUCCCCUCGAGAUGUCGAUUGCUCGCAGAACCAAUAUUUUGGUGGUUGACCACCUUUUGCAACAUCGUCAUUGCGGCCUGUCUCAGCUUCAUGGCUUGGUUUUACAAAUCGACACCACUGGUUACCAUUGGAGAUGCGAUAGACUCGUUUUUAACUGAGCCACCGUCUCCAGACUCAAGGACAAUCCCGAGAUCAAGCUGCACUUACCACUACACCUCGUUCACAAACAUCUUCAGGCCACCGCUCCCGCUGCAGGCUUACAACCCCAAAGCAAGGCCGAUGUGGAAAUCGGUUUCUUUGAUGCGGUGGUCUCUAACCACGGCCUGGGUCCUCUGCGUACUUGCCCUGUGCGGCCUCCAGUUCAGUAAAGCCCUGGAAGUUGAACGCCAGUACGCCUCACCAAAUGAGCGCAUCAGUAAGUCGCUGGUCACCUUCAACCUCGGGAUGGACUACGACCACCUUGUUUACGAAGGCGACGGCAGCACAACGAAUAUGUUGUCCCACCGCUGGCGUCUCGUCCUGAUCGCCAACACGCCCCAAGUCUUUCUCUCGCUGACGUACCUCUUCCUCAACAACAUCUUGACCAAGAUGGUUGCCGAGCGUGAAUGGCACUCCUUCCAUGUUGGAACCGGAACCAAAGUCGAAAGCGAAAGCAACAGCAAAAGCGGAAAGAAGACAUGGAUGCAUCGACUAAUUGCAGGAAGAAUAAGGACAAGAGAAAAAGAAAACGAAACCGAGUGUGAGCCAUCCCCAACCCCCAAAACCAAGACAAGGAUCAAAACGCUGCGUACCUCCCAGCCCCGCGGCUCCCAACGCUCCACCUUCUUCCUCAGCCUGCCCUACCGCUACGGCCUCCCCUUUGUCGUCGUCUCCAGCGUCAUGCACUGGCUCAUGAGCCAGUGUCUGUACUUCACCGAGGUGGACUUCAUCGAUCUGGAUGGAGUGACCCUUGACAAGUCCAACCCGACCACGUUGACGCUGGGGUACUCGACCUGGGCUAUCUUCUGGGUGAUCGUGCUCGGGACGCUUUCGUGGCUCACGAUUUUGGGGUUGGCGGUUUUCGGCAGGUAUCCGGCUGGGAUGCCGAUUAUGGGCGGGUGUUCCGCUGUUGUGGCUGCUGCUUGUCAUCGUCCAUUGACAGAGACAGGGAGAGUGAGAGAGAGAAGAGUGGAAGAGAGUGAUGAUGGGGAUGGAGAUGGGGAUGAGAUGGAAGAGGAGGGAGAUACGGAUAUCGCGGCAGGCCCGUUGUCGUGGGGAGUAAUCAAGCAAGUUGUUGUGAGGGAUGGAGUGGAGGUAGAGGAGAAAUGGCUUGGGUUCACGAGGGGGGAGGCGGAGAAGCCUGUUGUUGGUGAGACAUAUGGCUAGGACCAGGUCGGGAUCAGAAGCUAUACGACGAGACUUGGGGCUGGUGACCGGGGGCACCGGGGUGGUCCGAGAGACUGCCCGGUCUGUUUGACACAGUGGUCCUUCCACUUUGGCGGAACAGGACAGAAGCAGGCAGAAGAAGAAGGGCAACCCGAGCACUCGUUUGACUGUCGAAAAAGCUGUGUUCCGGUCGUACGAAAAGGACAAGGAAGGGUCAUCCAAGUCCGAGCUCUAAAUCUCAGGCACUCAGGCUACAUUUACCGCAUGUAACCGUGAGG